AUGUCGUCUGGGACGGUUUCGUUCGAGGCACCCUUGUCCCAGGGAUUCGGAUAUGGUAUUAUCCUGGGACUGGGAUUUGCCUUUGCUCUUCUCAUGAUUUUUAUUACCUGGGCUUUAAAACGAUACCAGAAUGAAGUCCAAACUUCCGAAAUGUUCUCAACAGCAGGCCGCUCCGUCAAGUCCGGUCUUGUCGCCGCCGCGGUAGUGAGUAGCUGGACAUGGGCAGCAACACUCCUCCAAUCCUCUUCAGUAGCAUACAAGUACGGUGUCUCGGGUCCAUUCUUCUAUGCAUCUGGUGCCACAGUCCAGAUCCUUCUCUUUGCAACUGUGGCCAUCGAGCUAAAAAGACGAGCCCCCAACGCGCACACUUUCCUCGAAGUCAUCCGCGCGCGCUACGGCACAACUGUCCACAUCGUCUUCAUCGUCUUUUGUCUGAUGACCAAUAUUCUCGUCACGGCUAUGCUGCUGACUGGUGGAUCGGCGGUCAUGACAUCUUUGACUGGAGUCUCGACUACCGCUGCUUGUUUCCUCCUUCCUAUCGGUGUGGUUCUGUACACGCUUUUCGGUGGUAUCAAAGCCACCUUUAUCACUGAUUACAUGCACACUGUGGUCAUCCUGGUUGUUAUCUUCCUAUUUGCUUUCUCAGCCUAUGCGACCAAUGCCGAGCUGGGUUCGCCUAGCAGAGUCUAUGAUGCUUUGGUUAAGGCUGCUAAGCAACACCCCGUUGAAGGUAAUGCUGAGGGCAGCUACCUGACUAUGAGGUCAAAGGAAGGUGGAAUCUUCUGGGUGAUUAACAUAAUUGGUAACUUCGGAACUGUAUUCCUCGACAACGGUUACUACAACAAAGCCAUCGCCGCAAGCCCUGUUCACGCUUUCCCUGGCUAUGUUAUCGGUGGUCUCUGCUGGUUCGCCAUUCCCUGGCUCUGCGCCAGCACACUAGGUCUCUCCGCUCUCGCUCUGGAAGGCAGCCAACGCCUUAGCACCGACGACGUAACAGCCGGUCUAGUCCUGCCCUUCGCCGCCGUCAAGCUCCUCGGCUACAGUGGAGCAGUCGCAACAACACUCAUGAUCUUCAUGGCUGUGACAUCCGCGUUCUCAGCACAGCUCAUCGCCGUGUCAUCCAUCUUCACCUACGAUAUCUACCAAGCCUACAUCGACCCCAACGCCAAGGGCAAGCGUCUUGUCUGGAUCUCGCACAUGACUUGUAUCGUCUACGCGAUUAUCAUGGCUGCGUUUGCAACUGGUCUCUACUACGCCGGAAUCGGUAUGGGAUACCUAUACCUACUCAUGGGCGUGAUCAUCUCCUCUGCCGUGUUCCCCGGUGCCAUGACACUACUCUGGAAGGGCCAGAACUGGAUUGCAGCGGCCGUCUCCCCUCCUCUUGGAUUGGCGGUUUCCUUGAUUGCCUGGCUGGUUACCACGCAGACCCAAUACGGUAUUCUAACGGUGACCACGACCGGAGAAAAUUACCCCAUGCUAGCAGGCAAUGUCGCUGCCCUACUCAGCCCAGUCGUCAUCUCGCCCGUUUUGACACUUAUCUUCGGCUCCCAAAAUUACGACUACGUAUCUAUGCGCGAAAUCCGCAAAGUAGACGACACAGAAGUCGCCGCGGACGCACAUAUCGAUAUUGAACUCGUUCCGGGCGAAAUAGGACCCAGCCAAGACGAUAACGAAGAAGAAACACGCAAACUUAACAAAGCUGCUUUCUACUCCCGCACACUGACAGUCUUCAUGGCCUUCGCCAUGCUGAUCCUCUGGCCGAUUCCAAUGUACGGUACCUCGUACGUCUUCAGCAAGAAGUUCUUCACCGGCUGGGUCGUUGUCGGAAUCCUGUGGCUGUUCUGUACACUUUUCGGAGUGGUUAUCUUCCCACUUUAUGAGGGCCGUGAGAGUAUUGUUCGGGUUGUUAAGAUGAUGGCAUUUGAUGCUGUGGGGACAAGACCGGCUGUUUACCGCGGAAGAAAGGCGGAUGAAAUGCAGGCUUCUGGGGUUGCGACGCCGACAGAGGCUAUUGGGGAAAAGGCUAAGGAGGCGGAAUCCUCUGCUUAG